GUGGAUAACUUAAACACAGUUCAUUCAGAUAGCCUCUUCUUCUUCCCUACUUCAUGAGAUAACACUUAAAACCUUAGCUGAUGCUUUAACAAUGGCUUGCUCGCUCAACUCCUCUUUUCAAACCAGCAAUUUGAGGACUGUAUUUUUGGGCAAGAAAAAUGAAGUAUGUGUUUCUAGUGUUCCUGUAAAUCGUGUUGGUUUCCUGAGGAAAACUGUGGUGUGUAAAGAAUCAAGAAUAGGAAAGCAACCAAUUCAAGUGCCAAGCAAUGUGACAAUCACUUUGGAAGGUCAAUUUUUAAAAGUAAAGGGUCCUUUAGGGGAACUUUCACAGUCCUAUCCACGAGAAGUGAAUGUUGAAAGGGAGGAGCCUGAUACUCUCAAGGUCAAAAAAGCAAUGGAAACUAGAAGGGCCAACCAAAUGCAUGGGCUUUUCAGGACACUUACCGACAAUAUGGUGGUGGGAGUAUCGAAAGGUUUCGAGAAGAAACUUCAACUGAUUGGCGUUGGGUAUCGUGCAAUGUUAGAAGGAAAAGACUUGGUACUAAAUCUUGGGUUCUCUCAUCCAGUUAGGAUGGCAAUCCCAGAUGGCAUAAAAGUGAAAGUGGAAGACAACACCAGAAUUACUGUCAGUGGAUAUGACAAAAGUGCUAUUGGUCAAUUUGCUGCUUCUGUUAGGAGAUGGAGACCCCCAGAACCAUAUAAAGGUAAGGGUGUAAAAUAUGCUGAUGAAAUUAUUAGACGAAAGGAAGGGAAAGCAGGAAAGAAGAAGUAAUGAGAGGUUUUUGUUUACUUCUUUGUUUUUUGUUGUCUCAUUGUUAUUUUCAAAUGUGCAUUAGAUUAACUGGAUGUACUCACAGUUAAAGAAAUUGAUUACAAUUUUCAAGUAGCUCACUUUUUUCUCCCCA